CCCCCCAGGCCUCUCCCCCUGCCGCCUCCCCGAUUGGCUAAAAGUGGGUCAGGCUCCUCCUACCCUCCGGCUUCCUAUUGGCCAAAUCUAGGUCAGCGCUCUCCUCCCCCCGCCCAUCACCUCCCCCCCCAUGGCCCGGACACAUGACCGGUCCGGGCGCACGAGUCUGGGCCUUGGCAAACAUUCCCAGCCCGCUGAUUGGCUCGGCCGGAGGCAGCUCGGGUGCAGGCCCCGCCCACCUCUGCAAGCCCUGCCCCCUUUUUCCCAAAGCGGGGAGUCGGGCAAAAAAAGAGAUUAAAAAAAACCCAUCCAGCAGCUACCGACAGCUGCGAGGCGCUGGUGGAGCCGGGGCCGCUGAGCUGAGAUCGGGGGGGCGCGAACUUCCUAGCAACGCUGCACCCCCAAAACCUUGGGGUGCCCCCACCAGGAGAGCCCGGGGUGCUGGAAGGAGGAAGGAAUCGCUGGCUCCUGCCCUGCGGACCCCCCCCUCCCCCCGGGCCACUGGGACACUGACAGGCGUGAGAAGUUUUUUUUGCUGCUGCAGAGAAGUGGGUGCGGGGGCUCUGCCAGGCUAAGGGGGGAGCCGGCUGUUUUGGGGAGCAGGGAUUUUUUUUUCAGGGUCCCCACAGCGGGGAUCCACCGGGGCUCGUCGCCGGACCAGAUCCUUUCUCCGAGGGAUCGACUGGGAAGCUCUCCUGACACUUGGGAUCCCCAGCUCCAGUGGGCACAGCGGGGAUCCCCGACGGGCCAUGGCCAGGCCAGCGGCCCAGCUGGGCACCACGGAGCGGCUCCCCAACCCUUUGCUCUCCUCCCCGUCGCUGGGGGUGCCCGGGGCCGGCAUGGUCAGCCUGAAGAGCCUCCUACAGGGACCCAUCAAGAGCCCAGAGCGCAGGCCGAAGGAUCUGACCACCUGCCUGGCCAAGGAGAAGGAGCGGAAGAUGGAGGAGGAGCUGGGGGGCGCUCGGGCGGGACAGUGUGCCUACCUGGGCUCCCUGCUGUGGGAGCGGACCCUGCCCUACAGUGAGAUUGAGUACGUGGACCUGGACGAGUUCCUGCUGGAGAACGGGCUCCCCCCCAGCCCAGCCCAGCCGCCCUUCUCCCCGGCCAGCCAGGUCACCAGCUCGCCCUCCAGUGGCAUCGCCGUGGACCUCAGCCGCCCGGCCUCCUGCACCUCCUCCGCCUGCUCCUCGCCCGCCGAGUGCCCGGGCAGCAGCGAUGGGGACCAGUGCUGCACCACAGCAGGAUGAGAAGUACUGGAACCGGCGCUACAAGAACAACGAGGCGGCCAAGCGCUCACGGGACGCCCGGCGGCUCAAGGAGAACCAGAUCACGGUGCGGGCCGCCUUCCUGGAGAAGGAGAACGCCGUCCUGCGGCAGGAGGUGGCCAGCAUCCGUCAGGAGCUCUCCCGCUACCGCACCAUCCUCACCAAGUACGAGUCUCAGCACGGCGCCUUGUAGGACGCCGGCCGCCUGCACCGCUACACACCCCGCCCCCCCCGCGGACGGCGGGGGGGGGCUGCUUCCCCGCAGCCAGGGGGCGCCCUCUUUCCCCCUUCCCCCGCUCCUGGGCUCCCCCCCUGCGGGGGCACCUGGGCUCUAGCUGGCUCCAGCGGAUGGAGGUGACAGUCCAGGACCAGGAACAAGGAGAGACAUUGGCUUGGAACUGGACCCUGCUCCCCCUUCCCGGGUGGAAGUGGGGAGCCAGGCUGACUCUUUCCCGGGGUGCGGGCCGGAGUGGGGGGGGGGUCUGAACUGGUGAUGCGGCCCCCCCCCCAGCCCUGCAGCAGGACUAAGCGGGGGUUUGGGUGGGCGUGCACACAUACGCCCCGCCCCACUGAAUGGAAGAGGUGGGAGCCACAGAGCCAAUCGGUGGCAGGGUUAUCUGAUGGGGGGAGGGGCUGGGAGCCAGGACUCCUGGGUUCUCUCCCCCACUCUGGGAGGGGAGUGGGGUCUAGUAGGUUAGAGCAGAGGGGGCUGGGAGCCAGGACUCCUGGGUUCUCUCCCUGGCUCUGGGAGGGAAGUGGGGGCUAGUGAUUAGAGGAGGGUGCUCUGGCCUCCCAGAGCUGAGGGUAGAACCCAGGAGUCCUGACUCCCAACCCCCCUGCUGGAAAAGAGACCAAGGGCUGUUACUUUGCCAGCUCUUGUGCAUCACCUGCUGGCGGCGAGUUGUAAUAGACACCUGUGGCUUCUAUCAGUCACAGCCAGGGACUGGGUGAGGGGGCUGGGCUGGGUUUGGCACAGUCCUACGGUGCCCCAGGGCCUGGGGGUCCUUCACCCUGGUGCCCCCCACUCCCCCUCCAUUCUUCUUGCUUCAAACUGCUUCUCAACCAUCGGAUUUCAGAGCAAGCAAGGCCAGUAACGUUGCUGGGGGGUUGGAAUCUCAGGACUCCUGGGUUCUCUCCCCAGCUGUGGGAGGGGAGUGGGGUCAAGUGGUUAGAGUGUGGGGGGGAAGACCUCUGACCUCCUAGGGCAGGGAUAGAACCCAGGAGUCCUGACUCCCAGCUCUCCACUGUUCUAACUACCGGACCCCACUCCCCGCCCAGAGCCGGGGAUAGAACCCAGGAGUCCUGGCUCCCAGUCCUUAUCCUUUAACCCUUUGCACUCUGACCACUUUUGACGCGCCGGUGUUGCUGGCAGGGGGGGCGCGCGGUGCGUCCCCGCCGGAACACUCCACGGGUUUGCACAGGGGCUCAGAGCAGGGUGGUGGGGGGAGGGGAGAGUUCUUCUUAAGUAUUAUUAUUAUUAUUCUAAUGAUUCGCUCUAUAUUUUGUUAAGUGCGGCCGGGCUGUCCGGCCCCCGCCCCUUCCGCUCCAUCUAGCCGGUUAGGAUUUUCCAGGGGUUUUCUGUCGUUUCGGGUGUUUUUACGAAGCCGGGGCCCCAGGCGCCGCCCCAUGGACCCCAGGCGUUUACCGGCGCGCCAGAUCCUCGCCCGCGGGCUGCUUUUCUCGGGGAGCGGGCGAGGCCGCGCGACGGAGCUAGACCAUUUUGGGGAGAAGACAGCGACCCGGCCCAGCCAGCUCCGCCCGUGGCAGCAGGGCUGGACGGACGGACAGACAAAGGCAGCGUGUGGAUCUAUUUUUGGGGGGGGGGGGGGACAGACAGACACACACGGCCACUGCAGCUCAGUUGGGGCGGAAUAACUAUUCCAGAGCAGCGCGGGAGCUGCGUGGGGCGAGGACAACCGCCCGGCCGCAGCGAUCCCAGGCCGGCGCGGGAUCGGAUGACGGUGUUUUAUAUUUUUAUGGAGGGGAAGGAGACUUAUUUCAUACAGAAAGAAAAAAAAUAUAUAAGGGGGAGGGUCCGAGGUCCGGGGCUCGGUUGUCAAUGCCUGGUCAAGGGGAGGUUCUUGGUUUAUUUUGUUUCCUUUCCGAAUGCUCACUGAGGAAUGCAGAAGGGCGGCCGGCCGCUUCCGCCGGCUGGUGCCAAUUGUACCAGGGCAAUAAAAGAGCCGAGAAAGCGAUGAACAGAGA